GGAUGUCCGCCUUGACCAUGGCUGAGGUCAUCUGCAUGGCCCUCUUCUGCUGUUUGCUAGGACCAACGCUUGGGCUCAGCAGCCCCCAAGGUUUAGACUCUGGAAGAACUCGAAGGGGCUUGUUUGGAGGAGGAGGAGUGCUUAGUGGCCUCCUUGGUGGUGGAGACAAAGGCGGUGGAGGAGGCCUGCCUGGUGGUAUCCUUGGAGGUGGAGGCAAAGGCGUGCUUGGUGGUGUCCUUGGUGGGGAUGAAGGAAAAGGAGGAGGUCUUCUCGGGGGUGUCCUUGGAGGAAAAGGAGAUGGCCUCCUUGGGGGUGUCGGAGGUCUCCUCAACAGUACAUCCAAUGGAGUCUUACCUGGAGUUGGUGGUCUCCUGAAUCAGUCGCUACUUGUCAAUCUCCUUACGGGUCAGAAUGUUCCUUUCGGACUGACAGAUGCCCUCAGCUUACUUGGUCUGGGAAAUGGAGGAGCUCAAGAGCCAUUCCGGUGGGAUGAUAUUUUGAAGCUUCAGUUUAUCAGAGGCUCUUGGAAGAUCCUACGUGGAACGGAGUUAAUCCUCAAUUUGCGAACAAGGAUCAUCGUGAAAUUGCCAGGGAUGCUGUUUCGGACGGUCACUGUGGAUGUGAACACCACUGCAGACCUGGCCAUCACCCAAGACAAAGCUGGUGAACUCAAGUUGGUCCUUAAAAAUUGCCGAAGCCUUACGGCUGGUAUUGCCGUCAAGCUGCCUCCAGGCCUGAUUGCCUUGCUGGUCAGCAACGUGGUCAACUCGGCCUUUCAGAACACCCUGCCUGAGAUGUUGUGUCCCAUAUUUCAAGCCUGGCUCAAGGCCAUCAAUGCGCAACUCCGGACCCUCAACGAUGUCUCCUUUGGGGUUCUUGGCCAAAUCCACUCGGCCCUCAGGACCCUGCCGACUUUCGCCGGAUUUUUUUCUGAACUGGAUUUGAAGGGCAAUCCGUUCCUGGGCUACUUUUUCAAGUGGCUGAUCAGAGAUGUAACGGACAGCCCAAAGAUGGCCUGAGAUGCUCCAGCAAGCCACCGGCGAGAGGCUGCCCACCCUGGGUGCUGAAGUCCUGAGCAUCGUACAAGGGUCGCCACUCCUAAGGGGCCAGGGUGCACCUCGCCUGUCUGUGGAAGCCUCACGCUGCAAACAUCUGGAAUGAAUUCCUGUCCCAGCUGUUAACUCUCUUUGUAAACUCACCUGGGAGGCGAUAGUCGAAAAGCACCUAAGGCAAAAUAAAUAAAAAAUGAAUGAAUUGUUUAAAUGGGCGGAGGAGUCUAAUCGGUUUGCAAAAUCCAAUUUAUGACCCGCGUGUUCGGAACGAGAACAGAAAAUUUGGCGCAGGGUUUCAACGGGCAUCUGUGUGUGCAUUUAACGAAGAAGCUCCAUGGUAAUGCUCACACAUGCUAAGAAUGCAUCUCAUGUUUUGAGCACACGGUAGUCCUUGACUUACUGUCCCAAUUCCAACCAGAAUUCCUGUUGCUAGGCAAGGUGGCUGUUAAGCGAACCAAGACAGAUUUUACAACCUUUUUGCCACAUUAAGUGAAUUGUUAAGUCUGCCAACCUGCUUCUAGAUGCUUUCAGGAGCCUAAGUUUCCACUGCCAGCAUUGGGUAUUCAGAUACACUCUGCUUGAUCAGACAGACUUGAGCAAUGGGCCCUAUCCAAUAAAAUGAAAUUUAACGUGGAGGAAAAAAUGGUUUUACGGUUAGGCAGGAAAAAGUAAGGUGCAAGUACAGAUUAGGCGAAACCUGGCUCAAAAACAGUCACUGUGAUAGGGACCUUGGAGUCCUAGUAGACACUCACUUAAACAGGAGCCAGCCAUGUGGGGUAGCAGCCAAAAAAGCUAAUACAAUCCUUGGUUGUACAAACAGAGGCAUAGAG